AUGAAGAGUGUUACUAUCACGCUGUUGUGUUCGGCAGUGCUUCUGUUCAUUGUUCAUCGAGGAUACUGCAAAGUGACUUGCCAGUCGUCCGAAAAACUGGUGACCCUGAACAACAAAGAUAUUCAUGAUGUGCCGAUUUGUCAUCCGGUAGCGUUGUUGCCAAGUGGUCAACGCAAAACCCUUCAAAACGGUCCAAUGAAACGAAAUCGCUUCAAGUGUGAAGCACUGAUCUGCAAGAGAUGUCGAUGCGAUGUGGAACGUGGCUACAAGCUCUCCAGCGAAGGUGACGACGCACACUGCGUGCAGCAAUGCCCAAUAACCAAAUAUAUCUCUUCGGAUUGUCUUAAAAGCAAAAGUCCUGAAUUGUGCUAG